AUGCAGGAGAAAGACCAAAUUACUUUUGAGAACUUGGAUAUCGAGAAGAUAUUCGGGACCUCCACUAAUUCCAAGUCAUGUUUCUGCCACGUGGGUUCGAAGGUUGCAUAUGUGGCCAGCGGAGGGGUGGUAGUAUCGGAUAUUAGAAUGCAAGAUGGCCCGCCGUCGGCUGGUUCCUCGAUGGAUAGUUUGGAGGGCGUGGAAAAGCUAGGCGGGGCGGAGGAUGCGGAGGCCAGCCGUCCAACGGUGAAGAUAUGUUCACAAAGAUUCUUUUGUGCAUACUCUGCGGUCCAGCAUGAGGAAAGCGCCCAGUCUGCGAACGUUGCCAAGGACCUGUACGGGCUCUGCAAGCAAGACCAGUCAAUCCUUGUAAAAACGGGCAGCUGGCACGAGAACGACAACCCAGACAAGGUCUCGUUCAGCAGCUCGUCGGACCUCACGCCUGCACGGUUGUCGCCCUCGAAAGUGAAGAACCGCAUCAAGACCAUAUCAUGUCUCAACCUUUCACAGGAUGGGCGCUACAUGAUUGUCGGAGAGCUAGGCCACAAACCACGGAUAUUGGUCUACUCUUUGGCACCGGACUCGAAUGACUUUCCUGUAUUCGUGAUUCAGCAGCACUCCUUCGGUGUUGCAAACUUGAAGUUCCACCCGUCUGACUCACGCGUGUUUAUGAGCUUGGGGCAGAUCAAUGACGGCUUCCUCCACGUUUGGCGGUUGACCAGCACGAACGUUGUUUUGCUAGGCACCAAUAAAAACAUAUCAUCUGUCACAGACGUACUCUGGUGUAACUCUAAAUUUAUAACAUAUGGUGUUAGACAUCUCAAGGAAUGGCGCAUUGAUUAUCCGGCGCCGGCCGGGAGCACCGGAAAGAUCCAGCCUGCCCGAACCCGGACCUCAAUAAAGGGAAAGAACAUUGUCCUUCGGGAAUUCAUCAAUGCGACGUUUAUUGAUGCCACUCAGCUUGACCAGAACCGUGUGCUCUUGCUUACUGACAAGAACAUCAUGGUUUCAUACGAGAACGGAACCCUAUCCAGUGUGCAUAACUUGGAGACAUGCCUUGACGGGCAGGUCACCAGUAUCUUGGCAGACGCCGAUAAUGAUACACUCUGGACCAUUGCAGAUGGAAAGAUCCAUGCCGUCUCGUUGGAGUAUAUUUUGGGCAACCAUGAACGACUAAAGGUUGCCGAAGCUGCAUUGGCUCCACGCGGGGCCCCUCGGCACCCAAACAAUAGCAAUGUAAUAAAGAACUGCUCAUUUUUAAAUUCACAAUUGGCUCCGCUGCUGCACAUUGCAGAGAAUAAUUUGAAAGGAAUAAUUACAGUUAGAAAGUUCAGCAAGUCGCACUUGCUUUAUGUCACUACUCAAGGCUGUCUGGGAUUUUACGAUAUAGCCAACCAAUGCUCUUAUCCUAUGGUAUAUCCAGUCCUAAACAACAUCGCCGGUUAUAAAAAGAUAUAUACUAGCGAAACCCUUCUUUGGUCCAGGGAGGGUCGCUUCAAAAAACUUGAUGAGCAUGGAGAGCAAAUAUCCGAGCUAGAUUUGAGCCUCGAACCUGACCUACCCUACCCUCUUGGGUCCGAGAGCUCAAUCGGCGCUGCGGAGAUGUUCCUCAACACUGCAGGUACGGUGUCCCUUGCGGUGGGCACCGGCAACGGUGAUUUGCUCAUCUAUGAAUACUCCAACUCGAAAACUAAAAAGGUACUUGAUACUAAGGCGCACACGUCCAAGAUAAAUGACAUUGUGUGCCUACAAACAGGAACGAAGACUAAAGUCGAUGUCCUAGUCAGCAUAGGUCGUGAUCGCAUUGUCCAGGUGUUCCUCCGCACAGAAGAGCGGUGGGAGCUCCAGCAGACACUUUCCGACAACAAAGGGAACGUCAUCAAGAUGAUACACGACGACAAUGUUGUCUAUGUGGCAUCCGCUGAUCGGUCCAUUACCAAAUAUCGCUUUGAAUACACUGACGAUGACCUUCUGAUCUAUAAAGAAAAGAUCCUCUCCAUCAAAUCGGCACCGAUUAAUAUUCACCUAUUUGAUGAUAGAUUCCUUAUCUCCACGAAUGAUAAGCAACUAUUGAUAUAUGACAAAGCAUUGGAAAAGUCCAGGUACUUGAAGUUGCUCUCUGAUACAGAUGAUCCUGUUAUAAUCGACAACUUGUACCUCAACCUGCGCAACUGCAAGCAGGAAGAGAUUAUGUGCUCGUCAGCUGACAAAGUCCUCCGCUGCUACAACUUUACAACAGGUAAGCUAAUGAAGCAGUACUUCGGACAUUCGGAGCCUGUGGUGGGGCUAGUUCCUGCCCGCGAUGGCAAGUUGCUCUCUAUUUCCUCGAACGGCUGCAUAUUCUCCUGGGCGCCACAGAGCGACCAGUUGUUAGAACAGCGCCAAUUCUUCAUUCCGCUCACUGGCAUAUCGGUCAACUCGACUCUUCGCGAAUCCUUGGAUGAGCAACCUGUGUCCGCCAGGGCCGCGCGGCCCGAGACCAUCGCGCCGCGGACGCAAUACACAACGGUUUCACCGGUGAAAUUGCCAUACAAGUGUCCAGAUAGCAGGGCAGACUCCGCCUGCUCUCCGAGAUUCAGGAUGUCUAAUCAGCGCUAUGGGCUUUCUUCCAGCAAGUCUGGAAAUUACUGCAGCUCCAUGCGCAGCUGCAUUGGCGAUGAAGACCUUCACCAGCCAACACUAUUGUUACAGCUAAAACUGUUCAGGGACUAUCUUUCUUCAGAAGAUGUUCCGGGACCAGAGCACGAUGCCAUAAUCCAUGAAAUCAAGCUGAUAAGCUCAAUCAUAGAACCUCAAAACAAGCUACUCGAAAAGUAUAGCGACACGUUGAUGAACUUGAUUGAAGAGAAGUUUCAGAAGCUGUGA